CAAGUUCAGCGCACACCCGAGAAUCUCAGCUGGCGGGAUAUUUGGAGAGAAUGAUAUCUCCUGCAACUCCUUUGGAAUGUCUGCCUUGUUAUUAGUUGCAGUCAACUUAACAUUAAACUAAUAUCUUACCUAAUAGCCUAUCUUGUAACCUUCGGAUCAACAUUUUCGCUAACGUGAGCUUUCCCUGCACCAGCCAGUCAUAAUGGACGAAGAGUUGGACUGCAAACCAGUUGUUACGCCCACUUGUAAGAUUGAACCGGACCCUUUGGAACCGUUGGAGGACAAACCUAACAUUGAUGGUCCAGAAAUGCAACAUUUGGGAAUUAAGGUGGAAGUAAUUAAAGUAGAAAACCAAGAAGAAGAGGAAGAGGAGGUGGAUGUGGACAACAUAUUGGAUCCCGCGCACACACACAAAAAGCGUUUUAGCCGCGAGGAGUCGUCGAUACUGUGGAGGGAGGUGCUCAGUCACUGGGACGAGCUCUUUGGCCAGCGCAGCAACCUGCUCCCCAGGGUGGGCCGAGGUUCCGUUUGGAACGAGGUGGCCGCCGCCGUCCAGGCGUCGUCCGGGGUGGUGCGGGACGGGGAAGAGGUCCGCAGGAAGUGGUGCUACUUCAAGAACCAGCUGAGAGCCAAGCUGGCGGUCAUUAAUGCCUCGGGAGAGGAGGAGGAGAAGCCUGGGGCAGGCCUCAGUGAGUUGGAGGCAGAAGUGGCCAUGAAGAUGAAGGAGACGACCACUGGAAGAGACGCCGGACAUGAGGUCGACGAAAUGCCACAAGACCAUGACAAAACAUGCCAGGCCUACAACAAGCGCUUCAGCAAAGACGAAGAGGAGAUUUUAUACAAGGAGGUCCUUCGUCACUGGGAGGAGCUUUUCGGCGAGCGCCACAACCUCCUACCUCGCGGCGGCCGCACCGCCAUCUGGAACCGCAUCGCCGCCAAGAUGAACACCAGCUCCAGGCCGAUCGUGGCCCGCAACGGGGAGGACGUGAGGAAGAAGUGGGGCCACCUCAAGAAGCAGAAGCUCCACGCGAAAGCCGUGCAGUCGGGGGGUCUGGAGCCCACUGGAGAGCAUAGGGGGGCCGACGGAGAGGACCUCAGCCUGCUGAAGCAGAGGAUCGUGUCCAGGAUGAAGCAGGAUGCAGCUGAGGGCAGGACAGGGAUGGGGGCCACCUCCAGUCGGCGUUUCGCCAAAGAGGAGGAGGACCUUCUCUACACGGAGAUCCUCCACCACUGGGAGGCGCUGUUCGGCGAGCGCAACCAACUCCUGCCGCGCGGCAGCAGCGUCCCCGUUUGGACACAGGUCACGGCCAAGCUCAACGCCGCCACCGCCACGCCAGGAGCCAGGCCACGGGACGUGGAGGAGGUGCGCAAGAAGUGGAACAACCUGAAGAACCAGCUGAAGGCCAAGCUGGCGCCCGCCUGGGCAUCGGACGGCCGGGGUGGAGGUGGGGUUGGCGUGCAGCAGCAGGGGUCUCCCCAGCUCACGCCGCUGGAGGAGAGGAUUGCCCGCCGGAUGAAGAUGGCCAUCGCCGGGGCGACGGGGAUGCCUAGUGACCGCAGCGGGAUGUUUCCUGAUGACCCCUUGCGGACUGACGAGUUCCACUCGGACAGCUCCAACACAGAACACCUGCUGCCGGACCUCCAAGCUCCUCUUUCUCCUCCUCCUUCUCCUCCUCCUCCAUCUCUUCCUCCUCUUCUCCCUCCAUCCUCGGCGACCCUUCAAACGCUCCUGAGCAAGCAAGAGGAGGGCAACCGCCUGCUGACCGAGGCACUCCGCGUCCAGACGGCCAGCCUGGAGGUCCAGCGGUCGUGCCUGACGGCUUUGCAGGAGGUGCGGGCGGCACUGGUGGACCUGGUGGAGGUCCAGAAAGCUCAUCAUCUGGAGCAGGACAGGAAGAGGAAGUCGGCCGAGCGACUAGGAGCUGGACGAGCUUCCCUGGGGCCCUGGCAUGAGUGUCACGGCACUGGUGAACCUGAGGAAGCUGCUCGUGUCGAUGCAGUGCAAACGUUAGGUUGGUCAGUUGUGACCGGCAGCAGCACCAUAUUUGGUUCCUCCAGCUGCACCACUGUCACACCAAACCCCACUUCACCACCCCCAGCUGCACUGCACCCUACCCACUCUACUGCACCUGCACCACCACCACCACCCUCCUCGUCUUCCCCCAUGCUACCCCAGGGCUCCUCUCUCCUCCUGGGCGCUCCUCAGCAGCAGCAGCCCCCCUCCCCUACUGCUGCCCCCUUAGGUCCUCAGGCUCCAGGAGGUGCAGGGCCUUCAGCUGCGGUUCCCCCUCAGGCUCCAGGAGGUGCAGGGCCUUCAGCUGCGGUUCCCCCUCAGGCUCCAGGAGGUGCAGGGCCUUCAGCUGCGGUUCCCCCUCAGGCUCCAGGGCCUUCAGCUGCGGUUCCCCUGCAAGGUCAAAAGAAAAAGAGAGGACGGCCGCUCAAGACUGUGGGAAGAGCUUCUCCUUCCUGUGAGAAAAAACAAAAGAUCUAAUCAGACUUAGAAAGAAAGAAACUUAAUAGUAUAGUCAUGGGUUUCAUCAGGUCCCUUUCCACAGGGAUAUUAAUCAAGCAACAUGCAGU